UCACUGCUCAAACUGACAGGAAGAAAGCACCACAUGGUUCUGUUUGUUUCUCUUAACAAUUCAUCGGCAUUUGUUUUUUCCCAUUUUUGUUUGUGCACAGAAAGGCUUCGAGGCAAGACCUAUCCUAAACCCCUAUUUAUUGCUAUUACCCAAGCUGUUUUUGCCCUGCUUUCUCUUUGGCCGGUUACGUAGCAGGGAUUGAGAGAGGUUGUUGGGGUGUUUGGGGCACAGGGGCAGAUGGCUCUUGGUGUGUAGCGCAGUGGAAAAGCCACGGUGUGUGGAAGAGUGGAGUGAAAACUUAAGGAGAGAGGAUUCAGCAGACAUGGGAUGUUGCAGUGUAACCCCGAUAACCAAAGGAAUCGAUGACGUGGGUCCAGACGAGAUCGAACUUCUGGAGAUUGAUGGAGUAGGGUUGUGGACUUUAGGAGAAAGCAAGCUGCAGAUUUCAUUAAAGAAUGAGACAGAUGAAACUCCACCAUGCUCUCCACCUGCUAGGAAUCUUACAAAAGAGGAACGCUUAUGUGAUGCCCCAGAUCCAAUCCCUGUGAAGCAGUCCGCUCAGAAAAGGAUCUCACAGAUGGUACUCUGGUGCCAGACUAAAAAGGAGCUACACCAAAAGCUGUAUGCAUGUCCAGUCCGAGACUGGGAGGGACGAGAGCUCCAUGCUUAUGGAGACAUCAUUUACUCUUCUCUAGUGCUUCUACAGAACAGCUACACGAAGGUUCUGACUGAAAGAUAUCUGGUUCUUUUUUCUUUCCAUUUAUUAAUACUUGCCCUGGACAACUCAACUCAUGAGUUCAUCUAUGAGGGCAUACUUCCUCUGUCAGCAAUUGAGGUGAAAGUGAUUUCUCAGCAGGACCCCUGCUCUCUACACAUGUUCGAGAUCAGCGGACCCAUGGUGGACUCUAAGAUUUUCAAGUGUGCCAGUGCUGCUGAGCGAAAGAUCUGGAUAGAGAAUAUAGAGGACAGGAGAUGCAAGUCCCUCAGACAGCAGCUCAGCCCUUCACACAGUGCUCUCUCCUAUCUGUUGCCAUGUGAUGAAAACUGGAAGAGGGAGGAGUUAAAACGGUAUCUGCUGAGGUCUCCCAUACUGCAAUGGGAGGGAUCCCCUAUCCAGCACAUGGGCCAACCUGCCUAUCUCUCAUUGGUACAUAUCAGCAAUACACAGAGACAGGGAUCUCAGGAGCGUCUCUUAGUGCUCUUUCCCCUGGAUCUCCUUAUCCUGUCUGUGGACAGUCAGAGGCUCUGGGUUCAAUACGAGGGUCGCCUGCCACGGAAGAGUAUCAGAGCUUUGGAGAAAUCUGCCCGGCAUGGGAGACUUGAAUUUGAGCUUACAGGAGAAUUGAUGGAAUCUCUAUUGGUCUCAUGCACUUACCCAGAAGACUACCAGAAUUGGAUUUUCCAAUUACAACAGCCUGAUAAGACACAAACUUUUCCUAAUCACACACCUCCGCCUCUCAUACCGAAGAAGCGCAGAAGCUGAUGUCAGAAAAUAAAGGCAUACAACAGUCACUGCACAGGUUCCCAGAGGUUACUACUGGUUUCUGGAGUAGCAUCUGUAUUGCAAAUUCCAUGUUUAUCCUGCUCUGACGUACCAAAAUCAACUAAUCAUAUAAUUACCUGCACUUAUUUGGGACUGUUAUAUGGGUAAACAUGUGUAGCAAGUGUCUGGGAACCUGUGGUCUGCAUUAGUGGAAACCUUAUGUCUUCAAAUUACCUUUAAACAGAAUCAUGUUCUUUUUAAUCUGCUCUGCCAUGUACAGUUUCUGUCCAACAAAAAUAUUCUAGAUUUGCAUGCAGCAACUUGUACAGAUAUGCUUUUCAUCUUAAUGUAAUUAAAAUGUUUAGAUUUACUUAGACACCUCAUUAGAUGCCAGUGAAUUCUUGCAGAAUGCAUGUAUGUGCCUUUACCGAUCAAAGCCACGAACUUGCCUGCUUUCUGAACAGCUUUGUUUUCUUCAUAAAACAAAAUGCUUCUCUGAGGCGUAAUAAAUUACUUUCAUUAGACGCACAUUCUUGAGCUGCUGCAGUAGAUCUCUCAUCUUAUUAAGCUCAGCUCUUAUUUUGCAACCGUCACUACUCUGAUUUAGAACAGUCGCAAACCUGGAGAAACGAAGUCCAACGUUCUUUGGUAUUGCUGUCACAAUAAAGCUAUUCAGUUUACCUCA